GUCUGUUGCUUAGCUGUGACGGUGCGCGCUAGCCAGUGAGUGCGAGUGUGUACGGCGAUGACAGUUUGCAAACAAGCGUGCGUGCCAGUGUGGAGCUGACGGGCGAUGCACAUAGACGAGGCGGGCGUGGAGCCGUGCAACCAGAGCGACUGGUGGGCGGGCGCGCCGGAGGAGGACGCGCUGUCGCUGCCGCUGGACGGCGACGACGACGCGGCGGCCCUGUGGUCGGGCGCCUUCGUCCCGCCGCCGCCGCGGCCGCACUUCCUCGACGACUCCGCGGCGCCCGACGGGCUCACCACGUGCGACCUGUGCGCCUGGGCGUGGCGCGCGCGGACUCCCGUCUUCCCCGCCGACGAACCACCAGAUAACGAGACGAAGCUAGGAUGGUUACUCACUCUCGCUAUCGUGUCGAUAGUAUCAGCAGCUGUUGGUGCCGUCGUUAUGGUCACCGUUCUGCAUUGUCGCAACAGACUGAAGAACCUGAGGUUUGGAGGCGUGUGCUCCUCCAGGUCGAGCCAAAGAGCGCGGGCGCCUGCGCCGGCAGCGCCAGCGGCGGCGGGCGCUGAGCUAGCGACGCGGCCGUCGCCGGGGAAAGUGGCGCCCUGCGAGCGCGAGCGUGCCUGCCGCGAGAACCACUACACGCUGCACGAGGACGCCGUGUACGCGGAGCUUGACCGCGACUCGACCGCCUUCCACAACGGCGCCUACACCGGCUCCGACACCGAGCCCAGCAGCGCCUACUACUCGGACUUGUCGGCGGCCGACCGCGACCGCCCGUACGAGGCUGUCGCCUGGGAGGGCCAGCCCAGCAGGCCGGCUCUCUCGGCCAUCACCGAGACCCUCACCGUGCCUUCAGACUACGUCUAGCCCACAGCUGCCGAUUCUCUUGCAACGUUAGAUGUGAGGAGGGCUUCAAGACAACGGAUGAAGCUCUUCUGGUAUCAACGAGGUCUGGCAGGGUUGCCCUGGAGCUUACAUCAGUGCAGACAGCUCUUGUCAUGCUGCAGUUUUUUUUUCCAGAUGAAUAAUGCUAUUUCACAGUGUUGUGUAACUGACAGUGGCUCAAGAACCACAUUUGAAACAUUUUGACUGAAACCUCUAGGACAACAUUAUCAUCAGUCUUUCACACCUCUGAUCAUCAGGAUAUCUGGCAACUUAGCUGGGUGGCGUCCUCUGCAUUUUGUGUGCUUCACUUUCCACCUCUACAGAACAACCGUUCUCACUUGCUUAUUCUUCCAUAAAAAUUAAAGUGACUACAAUCAUAUUGAUAUAGGUGCACAGUGUGAACUGCAGGCACUGUCCUCCUGUACUAAAGGAAUCACUGGACUGUGGUUUGGAGGGGCAUGUAUCCAGGUCCAUUGCUUUGAAGUAUGACAUAUAAACGAGUGCUAUGGGGUUAUUAUACAAGCCCAUAAAAAUCACCUCUUUGAGCAAAGUUCUCUCCACUGUUUCCUCCAACCAUACCCCAUAUUAAAGAUUUGGGAUUUCCUGUGCUUAUACAGUUUGCCUCUGGAUGUGGGACCACCUAGUUUCUGGUCAUCCUCUGCAACAUUAUGUAUUUCCCAUAAGCAUUUUGCAAGUGAUACUUUUUAAAGAUGAAUCUCAGUAACAGUAUUUGUGAAGAAUGAAUUUUUCUCCCUGUAGCGGAGUGUGCAUCAGUAUGAAUCUUCACAGCAGAUAAAAGUUGGGUGCUAGAUCUGGACUUGAACUCAGGUUUGAGUCCCAGUCUGGCAUACAGUUUUAAUCUGGCAGGAAGUUUCAAUGUGGCUGUCAAAUGCAUCUACUAUAAGUAUACAGAAUUGUUUUUCUGAUUUGUUUAGGGAAGAAAUAGUGUGUUGUAAAUAUGCAAAAUCCUCAAUAGUACCACACGAUAAAUAUGAAUAACUGAUUAAAUUGGUACCAACCACAUACAGGAUGCAUGAGUCACAGACAGGAACAAUUAAAAUAAUACUAGAAAUAUUUAAGCUUUCGAACAAAGUUCUUCCUCAGAAGUAGAACCCUCACACAUUCACACAACUUUGUUGUUGUGGGAGAUCUAUUUCUGAGGGACGACUUUGUAUGAAGGCUUAAAUAGUUCUACUGUUCUUUCCAUUGUACCUGUGUGUGACUCAACACCUCCUCUACGUGGUGAGUAGCAAUCUACCCUUA